AUGACAAGCUUGUUUCGUAAAUCAUUCUUUUCAUUGACUGAGGCAAGAUAUAGUGCUGGAGAUUUAUCAUUUGCAGUUGCUGAAAGUGUUAAAUCUGCAGCUGUAAGAGUCACAAGUCAUUGGAAAAUGUGUCAGGUGUCAAAUUCGCUGUAUUUACUCAAGUUGAUAAUCAUGAAUAGUAUUGUUAAUCUUAAAGUUUCUGGAAAUUUGUUUGACUCUUUAGACCAACUCAAAUUAAUACGUGAAAUGAAACAAUUAACAUCACUUGAUAUUUAUUACAAUCAAAUUAGUGAUGAGGGAGCUAAAUACAUAAGUGAAAUGAAACAAUUAACAUCACUUAAUAUUAGUGUAAAUCGAAUUAGUGAUGAAGGUGCCAAAUUCAUAAGUGAAAUGAAACAAUUGAUAUCACUUGAUAUAUAUAACAAUGAAAUUGGUGAUGAAGGAGCCAAAUUCAUAAGUGAAAUGAAACAAUUAACAUCACUUAAUAUUUCUGACAAUGAAAUUAGUGAUAAAGGAUCCAAAUACAUAAGUGAAAUGAAACAAUUAUUGUUGUUUUAG